CGCGCAGAUUUCCGAUUGGCGGAAUGUUUUCCCCUCGCCCAAUCCCGGCUCGCUCUGCUGCUGGUUCCGCAGGCGGGGCAGAGAGCGGGUCUCAGAGUCGGAGGGAGAAGGACGUCGCUGGAGUAAGAGGAGGAAAAGGAGCUUCGUUUUGGGGGGAGAUGGGGGUCCUCCUCCUCCGCUGGCCCCCCCUGAUCCUGGGGGCGGCUGCCCACCUGCUGCUGCUCCUGGACUGCGCAGGCUCCACUUCUCACUCCCUCCGCUACUUCCACACAGCCGUGUCUGAGCCUGGCCAGGGGCUGCCCCAGUUCAUUGAUGUGGGGUACGUGGAUGACCAGCCAUUUGUUCAGUAUGACAGUGACACCAAGAAGUAUCUGCCUCGUGUCCCCUGGAUAAGGAAGGUGGAAAAGGAGGAUCCUCAGUACUGGCACAGGAACACUCAGACACUUCAGGGCGCUGAGCUGGUGUUCAGGGAGAACCUGGAAAUUGCAAGGAAUCGCUACAACCAGAGCGGAGGGAUCCACAUCAUUCAGUACAUGUACGGCUGUGAGCUGAGGUCAGACGGGCGCAAAGGAGGGCAUUGGCAGUACAGCUACGACGGGAGGGACUUCAUCGCCUUUGACAAGGAGACCCUCACCUGGACGGCAGCUGAUACAGGGGCCCAAGUGACCAAGAGGAAGUGGGAUCCUGACUUGGCCCGGAACCAGGGCAUGAAGCACUACCUGGAGGAGGAAUGCAUUGAGUGGCUGCAGAGAUACCUGGAGUACGGGAAGGAGACUCUGCUGAGGACAGAGGCUCCGGUGGUGAAGGUGACCAGGAAGGCAGACUAUGACGGCCUGGAGACCCUCGUUUGCCAAGUCCACGGCUUCUACCCCAAGGAGAUUGAGGCCAACUGGGUGAAGGACGGGGAGGUCUGGCAGGAGGGCACCCUCCGAGGAUUGGUCGCCCCCAACUCGGACGGGACCUACUAUCUCUUGCUCAGUGUCCAGAUCGACCCCGAGGAGAGGGAGCGCUUCCGGUGCCGUGUGGAGCAUGACAGCCUGGAGAAGCCUCUGGACGUGGCCUGGGAGAAGGAGCCUGUCAACCUGUGGCUCAUUGUGGGAGCCAUUCUGGUUGCCGUGGUCCUGCUUGUCGCUGGGAUCUCUGGGAUCAUCUUCUUCUUCAUCCGCAGGAAACGGAAUGAGAAAUUAGCCUACAAAGCAGCCUCAACAAGCGACCAGGGGUCCGACAGCUCCGCCAAGGUUUCAUACCAGCCCGGUGUGUGAGAUGAGACCAGAAGGAGCCUGCCCAGGUUUUGCUGUGAAUUGCAGAGGCUCAGAGCUCCUGCUGUCCUUUAAUGCUGUUUCUGAUGUUCCUUAAUCCUGGCUCUCAGUCAUCCACUCUGACUUCAGCUGUAACUUGAAUUUGAGGAUAAUCACGUUUUUCGGAUGGAUUUUGGCCUAUUUUGCUUUGCAGCUGAUUUUCAGAAAUGUGCUUGUAUUAAUCAGAAAUGUACCAGAUAAACACAACUAAAAGCUUUUAAAAGGGGAGGGGAGAUUGAGCGUGACUUGCAGUGAUUUUGAUGAUUUCUCUUCUUUGUUGCUGUGGUUCCCUCCACAAGCCCUUCCCCAAUCUUGUGUCCCUCGCUUGCCAUCCAAAUUGAAGGAAAGGCAACAUCUGAGAACUGCUUUAGGUGUAUUAUGCAGGAAAUAGGCUAAGUUGUUCCUGCCUCUUGGGCAGGUUUAGCCUUUGGCUAAACGGAUGUAAUGUCUGAUCCUGCUGACAACCAAGGAGAAAGCCAGCAAGGAGAAGAGGCAGAUCAGGAGCUUCAUGGUCACAGUUUGAUCUGAAAUAAACAGCCCCUUCUUUUGGGCUUCAUGCCUCCAGUUCAUGAGACUUGUUGCCUGGUCCCCACAGCCUUCUAGGAGGGGUGACCCACUGGGAGUGGGACCACAUGAACUCCUCCAAGUAAACUAGUUUUGUUGCCUUCAAUUUGCGUAAUUUUUAUCUCACACAUUCUUGCUUUUUCACCUGUGGUCGGUUGAGGAUCAUACUUUGCCUCUCUGCGGUUCCCUCCAUAUGAUUCCCGCCAUCUUCCUUCCCUUCUCAUAGAUUGGCAUUCCUUCAGGAAACUCUUUCUUAGAAAUAAGAAUGUAAUAACUCUUUUAGACCCCCAGGGGCUGCAGGACUCUUCUUGCCUAACCCAAUAGAUUUGCUGCAUCUUGCUUUGAAGACACUGGAUGUAAUUAUUAUUAUCAUUACUCCUUUUGUAAUAUCUGUUUGACUGAAAUAAAUAAGAGUGCACCCCCUU